AUGGAACCAAGUGGAAUAAAUCAAGAAUCAGAUACUUCAAAUAAUCAAAGUUCCGGAAUUCAAAUGGAACAAAGUGGAAUAAAUCAAGAAUCAGAUACUUCAAAUAAUCAAAGUUAUGGAAAUCAAAUGGAACAAAGUGGAAUAAAUCAAGAAUCAGAUACUUCAAAUAAUCAAAGUUUUGGAAUUCAAAUGAAACCAAGUGGAAUAAAUCAAGAAUCAGAUACUUCAAAUAAUCAAAGUUUUGGAAUUCAAAUAAAUCAAGAAUCAGAUACUUCAGAUAAUCAAAGUUCUGAAAUUCAAAUAGAAUCUGAUGCUUCAUAUAUUCAAUGUUUUAUACCCUGCUGUCCAACUCAUGAAAUUAAAAUUCAAAAUUGUUCUUUAAAAGAAGAUCUGAUCUUGAAUAUAACCGCAAAUGAAAGUUCGAACGGUUUGCUUCCGGGUUAUUUUGGAAUAAUUGGCAAUUUUGUUUUUAUUAAUGACAGUAAUCAAGCAGAAAAAGUAAAAUCUAUGAAAGUUAAUUCUGGCGUUUAUAGAAUACCCCAAGGACACUUUGUCAUUUUUGAAUUUACUAUAAGGAUCAGAACAUAUUCUUCACCUUAUUUUGGUCAACUUGGCUUAUACCCUAAACAAGCUACCUUUCUAGAUAUCGAGACAAAAUCAUCACUACAAAUUAUAAAUGGAUCAUAUACUUUAUUAAAUUUAAGACCGAGUAUGCAUCCAAUUGUCCAUGAGAAAGAUAAAUAUCAAAAUACAU